CGGGGUCGCAGCCACCCCUCCCGCCGGCGGCUCUGUCACGCUCCCCUCACCGGGCGGGCCGGGGUCUUUGUGACGCGGCGGCGACGGCUGCGGACACAAAGGGAAGGCAAGCAGGCGAGCGAGGGGCUGGGCCUGCCCCCGCCCCGCGACCCCCGCCCCACGACCCCCUCCCGCCGCGGGCGUGCCCGCUCGUCCCCCGGCCUCGGUCUCCCCGGCGCGGGCUCGAACCCUCGCGCGCACCCGUCCCGACCCUCCGACUCCGUCCCGAGCGCGGCGGGCCCGGGCCUGGGGGGCGCUGCGGGUGGGGCGGGGAUGCUGAGGGGCUGCUCCCGGGCGCAGCGGCGCGGCUGGUAGUUGGCGCCGAGGCAGCGGCGGGGCUCCCGGUGCGCGGCUGGAUGCCCGGGGCCUGCGCUUCCCUGCGCUUCCCGCCGUCCAGGGGCGCCAGUCAUGGGCGCCGCGGCAGCUGAGGCGCCGCUCCGGCUGCCGGCCGCGCCCCCGCUCGCCUUCUGCUGCUACACGUCGGUGCUUCUGCUCUUCGCUUUCUCUCUGCCCGGGAGCCGUGCGUCCAACCAGCCCCCGGGUGGCGGCGGCGGCGGCGGGGACUGUCCCGGCGGCAAAGGCAAGAGCAUCAACUGCUCAGAAUUAAAUGUGAGGGAAUCUGAUAUAAGGGUUUGUGAUGAAUCAUCGUGUAAAUAUGGAGGAGUCUGUAAAGAAGAUGGAGAUGGUUUGAAAUGUGCAUGUCAAUUUCAGUGCCAUACAAAUUAUAUUCCCGUCUGUGGAUCAAAUGGGGACACGUACCAAAAUGAAUGCUUCCUCAGAAGGGCUGCUUGUAAGCACCAGAAAGAGAUAACAGUAGUAGCAAGGGGACCAUGCUACUCUGAUAAUGGUUCUGGAUCUGGAGAGGGAGAUGAGGAAGGGUCAGGGGCAGAAGUUCACAGAAAACACUCCAAGUGUGGACCUUGCAAGUAUAAAGCUGAGUGUGAUGAAGAUGCGGAAAAUGUUGGGUGUGUAUGUAACAUAGAUUGCAGUGGAUACAGUUUUAAUCCUGUGUGUGCUUCUGAUGGGAGUUCCUAUAACAAUCCCUGUUUUGUUCGAGAAGCAUCUUGUAUAAAACAAGAACAAAUUGAUAUAAGGCAUCUUGGUCAUUGCACAGACACAGAUGACACUAGUUUGUUGGGAAAGAAAGAUGAUGGACUACAAUAUCGACCAGAUGUGAAAGAUGCUAGUGAUCAAAGGGAAGAUGUUUAUAUUGGAAACCACAUGCCCUGCCCUGAAAACCUCAAUGGUUACUGCAUCCAUGGAAAAUGUGAAUUCAUUUAUUCUACUCAGAAGGCUUCUUGUAGAUGUGAAUCUGGUUACACUGGACAGCACUGUGAAAAGACAGACUUUAGUAUUCUCUAUGUAGUGCCAAGUAGGCAAAAGCUCACUCAUGUUCUUAUUGCAGCAAUUAUUGGAGCUGUACAGAUUGCCAUUAUAGUAGCAAUUGUCAUGUGCAUAACAAGAAAAUGCCCUAAAAACAAUAGAGGACGACGACAGAAGCAAAACCUAGGUCAUUUUACUUCAGAUACAUCAUCCAGAAUGGUUUAAACUGAUGACUUUUAUAUGUACACUGACCAUGUGAUGUACAUUUGUCUUUUUUUAAAGAAUGGAAAUAUUUAUUUCAGAGGCCUUAUUUUUGGACAUUUUUAGUGUAGUACUGUUGGCUUGUAUUUAGAAUAUUCAGCUACAACAGUUUUGGACUGUUUAGUAGUCUUUGUUUUAUGUUUUUAAAUACAGAAAUUGAUUUCACAAAUUUGUACCACAUGGUAAUUCUAAGACUUGUUCUUUACCCAUGGAAUGUAAUAUUUUUGCAAAGAUGGACCACUUCACAAAUGGUUAUAAAGUCAGACCCACUUCUUCCACAAUGACCACAGCAAAUGACCAAGCAUGAACUGAAGGUAAAGAUGUUUACAGAUUACUUUUCUUACAAAAAAAAAUCUAGAAGACUCUGUGUUUAGACAUUUCAAUGUUUUUGAGAUUUAUUAACCGAUUUUUUAGACACUGCCUAUCGCAUGAAUUGUAAAGCUGUGUGUGUUAGAUGUAAAAUAUUUAUAAGAUGUGUGGACUGGAUUUGAUCCUUUCUCUCUUUGAAAAAAUAAUUCUGAAUUUUUAAAAGUAUAUGGUAGCAAUGAUGGAACGGAUCACUGAAAAGUAGAUUUAGAUGUCGUGAAAAUAGUCUGUUUAACAAACAGAUUGGAAUAAAGCCUACUCUAUCAUUUAAAUUACUUCUAUACACAUUCAUUUUUAAAGAAAUAUUUGUUUUAACAUAAAUAAACCAAUUGUAUCAGUGUUUGUGAAUAAAUGCAAAAAUGAUUGUUAACGAUUGGUGCUCUUCACAUGAGCUUAAAAAUCAUCUAAGACCUCUAUCCAAAUUUGUCCUGUAGUAAUAGCUAUACUAAUAGAUUGUUGGUGUUUAAAGAUCUGAAGUGUGAAUAGAAUGUAUUCAGCUGUUUAACAUGUAGUUUAGGUAUUCAGAAGUAUGCAUGUAGAAUUUAAGAAUACGUUCAAAAUAUUAAUUUUAAUAUUUGGUUUGGAAAAGCAUGUUAUAAUAUAAUGUUUUCACUAUACA